UCGCGCACGCACGCGCACCGCCAACGGCGACACCGUCGUGGGCACACUGGGCACUGGACAGUGUAGUGUAUGGGCACAACGGUUCGCGACACAGCACGGUUACAACACUCGCGAUUGUGUUGGUGAUUAAUCAAAAAAAGGCCGUUCGCGAAAAUGGCCGAUGGACGCGAGCCACGGUUGUAUUCCACGCGGAGCCUGUACCACUUGUGCGUGUCCGCGGUGGUCGACAAGUUUCGCACCUACAAGCCAUACCUCGUCGACCUGCCCAAGAGCGUGCGGUUCGAUAUCUACUAUCAGUUGUACAAAGAGAGGAGAUUAUGUAUACUAGGAGCAGAAUUAAGCGAACUGGACACUUUUUCCAAGAUGCUCAAGGUUACCAAUCGUCGAUUGCACCUCCUGAAAAUAUUCCAGGCACCGAUGGAUCAUAAAAUAAGAAUAGCGGAGAACCUAGUCUUCGAAUACAACAUAUGCUGUUUCGAUGAGAGGAAGAAUUCUAUGCCACAGGACAAACUGAUAAACCUAGGUUUGAGACUCGGCGGAUUUCUCAGCGACGCCGGCUGGUAUCUCGAAAGUAAAAAGGUGCUGUUGACUUGCAAACAAUUAUGUCUGGACCAUAAUCGAACCCCUAAGGAUUGGUGCAGAACGUUAGACUGUUGUCACAAGUUGUUACAUGCACAAGCGGCGUACUGCGAUUUCGAAGGGGCCACGGAGACUUACAAGCUUGCCAUGGAAAUGAUAGAAAAGUUAAAAAGCAAGCAGUACAAUAGUAGCAAUCAUGCUGCCCUUUUUGCAGAGUUCAGUGUACUAUUCUACAUACGCAGUGAAUAUGAUGAAGCUUACAGAUGGAGCAUAGAAGCAUUAAAACAAUUGAAACCGUCACUUCCCGCCGGAGUUAUUGUCGACGUUUUGAGACAAGCGGCGAAGUCGUGCGUGGUGAAACGAGAGCUUCAAAAAGCUGGUUUAUUAAUCAAGGAAGCAGUAUACCUCGCGAAAGAAGUAUUCGAUACGGAUCAUCCAAAAUAUAGCGAUGUUCUCAUCGACUACGGAUUUUUCUUACUAAACUUUGAUAGCAUCAGCAAUAGUGUAACUGUAUACAAGACUGCAUUAGAUAUUAGAGGAACGAUUUUUGGCAGGACUAACCUUCAUGUUGCUUUGGCACAUGAAGACUUAGCUUACGCUCUCUAUGUACAUGAAUAUAGUUCUGGCAGAUUUGACGACGCAAGCGAUCAUGCUGGAAUAGCUAUAGAUAUCUUAGAGAGACAUUUACCACAUAAUCAUUUGAUGCUCGCAAGUGCUAGAAGAGUGAAGGCACUUAUUCUUGAGGAAAUCGCUAUAGAUAAUGCAUCUACGCCAUUAUCGGAGCAAAAUCUCUUACUCAAAUCCGAGAAUCUUCAUUUAUCUGCUUUGGAAAUGUCGAAAACUGCAUUUGGAGAAAGAAAUGUACAAACAGCGAAACAUUACGGGAACUUGGGUCGCUUAUACCAGAGUAUGAGGAAGUUUCAGGAAGCAGAAGCAAUGCAUCUGAAAGCUAUUCGUAUUAAAGAAGAGCUAUUAGGACGUGACGAUUAUGAAGUAGGCUUGAGUAUAGGACAUUUAGCUUCAUUGUAUAAUUUCCACAUGAACCGAUUCAGAGAUGCCGAAAAGCUUUAUCAUCGUAGUAUCGCAAUCAGUUUGAAAUUAUUUGGAAAAGGUUAUAGUGGUUUAGAAUACGAUUAUCGAGGACUUUUACACGUAUACAAUAAGUUAGACGAUUACGAGAAAAUAUUGGAAUACACGGAUAUAUUGAAUCAUUGGAAAGAACUUAGAGACAAACACGUUCAAUCUGAGGAGCCACCAAUCGAUGUACAAAAACGUCCACAGCCAAUCACAAACGUAAUGAAUGUGUUCUUUUCUAUGUGAUAUAUCAAAUAAGUGUGUCUAAUUCAAAUUUUAUGUUACUGUAUAUCAUUGAGCAACUUGCUGGUCUCCGUUGCGUUUACAAAACAUUGGGUUAAAGUAGAAGGAACAAAACAUGUAAUGAAUCGCAUUAGAAAUUUAUAAACCAUUGAUUUCGAGUAAUAAUUUAUGUUGUCUUAUGUCGAUAUUUUAUGACACGUAUAGUAUCAAUAUCACAUAAGAAAUUUUUAUCUUUUUACAUCAAAAGACACGGUAGUGUUUUAAAUUCGAAUUUAUGCAAUGUUGAAAAUAUUAAUUUAUAAAUUGUUUUUAUUAGUCAUGAUAUUACAACAUAAACAUUGUAAAGGGGUUUUCUUUUUGUUAGUUCAGUUGCUGUGUUUGUAUUGAAUUAUAUUUAGACUUGAUGUCUCUGUUUAUCUCGAUGUAAUUAAAAAUUCUUGCGCAUAAAAAUAUAUCUUUUUUAAAUAUUUUGUAUUUAUAUAUAUAUAUAUAUAUCAUUUUAAUAUAAAUUUGCCAAUGCUUUAAUCUGAUUUGUAUAUAUGUUUUAUACUUUAUAAUUCGCUUUGUUCGUUAAUAGCUCUGUUUUUUAAGAGAGUUACUCAGGUUUCAUAAAAUAUUUUCUUUUUGUUACAAUUGCGUGUCGAACACAUCUAUAAUAUACGUUUAAUUCAUUGUUCAUCUCAAGAUUACAGUAAUUGUAGAUUUUUCAUGCAUCGCAUAAUUUUUAAGUAACAAAAAAUAUUCGAAAUACAUGCGCCUAUGUUUAUAACAAUAAUGUAGUUAGAAAGAUAGGUAUUAAGAAGCUAUUAAAACUCGGUGAACAAUUUGUUGAA